UCGUGUACCUUUUUGUAUUUCUUGCGCUCACACGCGCUUGGCGAGAAGCGAGAGAGAACGAGUGGAAUAAGUUUCCUUGUUAAUUCAACCGCCGUUCCCAUCGUCCGUCUGCGUUCUUUGCUCGCCACCUGUACAGUUACCUGUGUAGAAUGUAAAGUUUUAUUUGAAAAAAUGAACGUUUAGUGGUUUAUGGAAGUCGGUUACGGGGGAGUGCCUAGCGGACAGGAAGGUAACCGAACAGCGUUUGACUUGACAAGGGGAUAAUCGACGGUCGGGAAUUUUGGAAAUACGAUGAAACUGUAAUUUGGAGAGCGGUAAGGUAUUCGCGGGAUUGAGUGCACGUUUUCUCAACUCCGUCUGUGGCGCUUGCAUCGCUGCGAGCGACAUCGAUUGGUCAGCUCGCUUCUGCCAUUAUUUUCCAACUUUUGAGUAUCUGCGCGCGGACGAUUGUGGUGAUAGUGUGAUACAAAUAGCAAGGACGAUCCGAAUUACUUUUUUCUAACACGUGUUUCAUGUCUGCUUGAGGUCGUGAUACAUAAUAUUGCGUUCUGAAGUAAAUUCUUGUUGCCAAAGACGUGACUACCCGACUCUUGUCAGCUAUUUAUUCAGCCAAAAUGAGUUACAAACGAUACCAGUCUGACUACGACAAUGAUAGAUGGGAUAAUGAAAAGCCUCAAAAAUAUCGUAGCAGAUUCUCAAGAGAUAGCUACAACGAUGAUUCAAGUAAACAAAAUUACAAUAAUAAUUCCAACAACAGAACAAGAUACCCCGAGGACCAAGAAUCAAGUGUGGUGUUCAUUCAGCAAAAAGAUCUUGGUAAAUUUAUCGGGCGAGGUGGAAGUCAAAUUAAAGCUCUGGAACAGGAAACCAACACCAAAAUGAACGUUGACAGAAAUCAGAAUCCUCAUGGAAAAUCUGCUGUAACAAUAUAUGGUUCAGACACAGACCGGCAACGAGCCUGUGAUACGAUAAAAAAGUUUUUGGGUGAGGAAAGUUUCUCACAAGAGGAAGCAAAUUCUACACAAAAGGAAGAACCCAAAGAAAUUGAUUUUAACAAUUUUGACUGGACCCAGGCUUAUAAAGAAUGUGAGGAACAUCAGAAGAGAAAAUUGGCCUCUAUGCCACCUAUCAAAAAGGAUUUUUACAAUGAAGAUCCAGCUGUUGCUAACAUGUCAGAAAAAUAUGUAGCUGAUUUGAGGAAGAAUAACAAUAGUAUAGAAGUUAGAUAUGUUUUCGAAAAUAAGGAUUCAACUGAUACAGUUAAGAUACCAAAUCUUGUUGAGACUUUUGAGCAAGCUUUUAAGGAUUAUCCAGAUAUCCUUGAAGAGAUACGAAAACAAGGAUUUCAGAAACCAAGCCCUAUACAGUGUCAAGCAUGGCCUAUUCUGUUGAGCGGUCAAGAUCUCAUUGGAAUAGCUCAAACUGGAACAGGAAAAACUCUGGCCUUUUUAUUGCCGGCUCUCAUCCACAUCGACGGACAGUCAACUCCGCGGUCUGAACGCAAAGGACCGAAUGUUCUCGUUAUGGCACCGACGAGAGAACUGGCGUUGCAAAUAGAAAAAGAAGUUGGAAAGUAUUCUUACCACGGUAUUAAAGCGGUAUGUGUAUACGGUGGUGGAAAUCGCAAAGAGCAGAUCAAUAUAGUAACAAAAGGUGUGCAAAUAGUAAUUGCAACUCCCGGAAGACUGAAUGAUUUGGUACAGGCCAAAGUGUUGGAUGUGACAUCCGUAACGUAUCUCAUACUCGAUGAAGCAGAUCGUAUGCUGGAUAUGGGCUUUGAGCCACAAAUUCGUAAGACUUUGUUGGACGUACGAUCUGAUAGGCAAACUGUUAUGACGAGCGCUACGUGGCCUCAAGGUGUAAGACGUUUGGCUCAGUCUUACAUGAAAAAUCCGAUUCAAGUGUUUGUUGGAUCGCUCGAUUUAGUGGCAGUACACACUGUCACACAAAGAGUUUAUCUGAUUGAUGAAGAAGAGAAGAACAAUAUGAUGUUUGAUUUCUUCCGAGAGAUGGGUGUCAAUGAUAAGGUGAUAGUAUUCUUUGGCAAGAAGGCCAUGGUGGACCACGUUGCUAGCGACUUAGCUGUAGCGGGUAUCGAGUGCCAGAGUAUUCACGGUGACAGAGACCAAUGUGAUAGAGAGCAAGCGCUGGAGGACAUGAAGACUGGAAAUGUUCAUAUUCUUCUUGCCACAGAUGUGGCCAGCCGAGGGCUUGACAUUGAAGAUAUUACACAUGUACUAAAUUACGAUUUCCCACGGGACAUAGAAGAAUAUGUCCAUAGAGUUGGACGUACCGGGCGUGCUGGUCGUACCGGUGAAAGUAUUACUUUCAUGACGAGAAAAGACUGGUCGCAUGCUCAGCAACUUAUCAAUAUUCUCGAAGAAGCUCAUCAAGAGGUACCCGGGGAAUUGUAUAAAAUGGCUGAGAGAUACGAAGCGUGGAAGAAAAAAGCGGAACUUGAUGGCAAAGGCAAAGGAGGUUUCAGAGGAGGCCGCAAUCGUUAUAGAGAUUUCUAAAUUUCUCUUGGUAAUGUGCAAUUUGUUUUAGUCUGCAGAGAUAUUAUCAAUAAAGAGAUUAAAGGAAUUAGGGAGAAAUUAGAGAAAAGUACAACUAAAUAAAUACAAAGAGAAAGACAAUCUUAUUUUUAUAAGUAAUAAAUUUCUACCGAAUG